CAACGAUAGCCUCGUUAUCGUAAAAGAAGUGUCACAUUGCAAGCCUCACGACACACGUCUACUUUAUUCUUUCCAAAACCAAAGAGUUGGCUCAUCAGUAGCCACUGACAACGACGCCGAAUAUGCCUAAGCUGCCGUUCGCCCCGGCUGCGGGCUCCCCCAACCCUGAUGGCUUCUUUUUUGAAGACUCUCCUGUCCAGAGUAGCGCCGCUUCCAUAAGUGGAAAAUCGGCGCACAGCUCGAAAAGUGCGUUUCUCGAAGAUAUCAAGCACGAGAUCAUGGUCAGCCACCUGUACCAGCAACAAUGCUCGCACCUGUGGGUCAGUGAUGGCAGCGGAGAACGAGAGGGGGUGUUGCUCCGGAAAUCCAGAGGGCAUUAUCUGGCGUGCCCACAACCACUCCUCGAUUCAUACUUUGCUGAAGCUUGCAGGCUAUUGAAUGUUCAGGUCGCCAUGACUGUCAAUUCAAGGGUCAUCAAAACAUUCCUUGCUUGGGCACCUGAUGCCACCGAUGUUCCGUUGAUGAAUGGUCUGCGAGUGCAGAUCUUGCCGACCAUUCACGAUCUGCCGCGGGCUCGAAAAUAUCAAUUUGCCGCGUUCAUUGCGUCGGAGUCACUAUUGGUGGUAUGGGACGACGACGCGUCCAACGUGGUGAAGCGAGCAACCACGAUCGAAGCACAGCUGAUGGAGCUCGUGUGGCACACGGGCGAGGCUGGCGACGAAGACGAUGUCACGAACGAGAAAGCUGGUGGCGUACAAGUCACCAUCGACGCCGAGUCGGGAGAAGUUGUGCCUGAAUACCGAUCAACUAACCUUAUGAACACCAUUCUUGUCGCCUUCACACUGAUCAUUGUCGUUGUCCUGCUUGGCCUCGGAUGCCGGUCUCUGGCCAUUGAGAUCACCGUCGACCGCUCGUAUCUUCGUCUCGCUUUCCUUGCUUUGGUGCCUGUACAGGUAUUCUUUACCCUGUUCUUCGCCCAAGUCAUUGUCGGCUGCAUCGCCCAGUGCAUCGGCCCCGUGCGUCAAAUGCAACUAAACUCGAAGUACUACUCUGCGAAAUGCUCACCUCGCCUACGCACCCAGACACUGCCACACGUCACGAUCCAAUGCCCGGUGUACAAAGAAGGCUUGGGGUCUGUCAUAGCGCCCACAGUCAAAUCCAUCAAGCAAGCCAUAUCCACCUACGAGCUCCAAGGCGGCACGGCAAACAUGCUGAUCAACGACGACGGCCUGCAGAUCAUCUCGGAAGAAGAACGAAAAGCCCGCAUCGACUUCUAUCAAGACCACAACAUCGGGUGGACAGCGCGGCCCAAACACAACAGCGAGGGGUUCGUGCGCAAGGGCAAAUUCAAAAAGGCGUCCAACAUGAACUACGGCCUCAUGCUGUCUUGCAAGGUCGAGGACAAAUUGUCGCGGUACCACCGGCCCUCGACGUGGACCCAGAACGACGAGACGCGCGCGUAUGAGGAGAGCCUGCUCCAAGUCUUGCGCGAGACGCCUCGCGCCUGGGCCGACGGCAACAUUCGCGUGGGCGACUACAUCCUGCUGAUCGACAGCGACACGCGCGUGCCGGUGGACUGUCUUCUCGACGCGGUGAGCGAGAUGGAGCAGAGCCCCAACGUCGGCAUCAUGCAGUUCGCCAGCGGCGUUAUGCAGGUCGUGCACACGUUCUUCGAGAACGGCAUCACGUUCUUCACGAAUCUGAUCUACACGGCCAUCGAGUAUACGGUGGCCAAUGGCGACGUCGCCCCAUUCGUCGGGCACAAUGCCAUCCUGCGAUGGAGCGCGAUUCAACAGGUCAGUUACACCGACGAGGACGGGUACGAGAAGUUCUGGUCCGAGUCCCACGUGUCCGAGGACUUCGACAUGAGUCUGCGCCUGCAGUGCGACGGGUACAUUAUCCGCCUGGCGAGCUGGGCGCACGGCGGGUUCAAAGAGGGCGUCAGCCUGACCGUGUACGACGAACUGGCCCGCUGGGAGAAGUACGCGUACGGGUGCAAUGAGCUUCUGUUCCAUCCGAUUCGGCAGUGGGUGUAUCGCGGUCCGUUCACGGAAUUGUUUCGACGGUUCCUGUUCAGCAAUAUCCGCUUCACCAGCAAGAUCACCAUUGUCAGUUAUAUCGGGACGUACUAUGCCAUCGGGGCCGCCUGGAUCAUGACGCUGGCGAAUUACUUCGCUAUCGGCUGGUUCAAUGGGUACUUGGACAAGUACUAUAUCGAUAGCUGGAAAGUGUGGUUUAGUAUCGUGAUUGUGUUCAACGGUCUAGGCAAUGUCGCCUUGGCCGUGAUGAGGUACAGAAUCGGGCAGGCGAGCUUUCUCGGUGCGCUGGUCGAGAACUUCAAGUGGAUCGUCAUGUUGAGUAUCUUUCUGGGCGGCCUGAGUCUGCACGUCAGCCAGGCGCUGCUGGCGCAUAUGUUUGAGGUGGAUAUGACGUGGGGCGCGACGAGCAAAGAGGCGGAGUUCAGCAACUUCUUCAUCGAGGUGCCCAAGGUGAUCAGGAAGUUCAAGUUCAGCAUUUGUUUUGCGCUGGUUGCCAUCGCCGGCAUGAUUUGGCUUGCGUGUAACCCUGGAGGAUGGUUGCCGUAUGAUUGGGUGAUUGGAGAUUUCAUCGCCAUUUUGCCCAUGAGUACGGUCGCGGCGAGUCAUUUGCUCUUGCCGAUUGUGUUGAACCCGGCGUUGAUGACGUUCAGUUGGUGAGCCACGAGGGAGGGAUACCAGUAUUGCGGUAGGAAGGGUGGUGCUUUGAUGGUUGAUGUGUGCUGUUUUGUGGAGUCGAGUCCAGUGCCUUCGUCGCAGGGACCUUGGUCGGGGAGGAAUACUGGUGUACGUGGAUCCCGGAAGCCCCUCGCAGAUGGCUUCCCAACAAGCAAUGAGUGUUUGGCUGAUGGUAUACGUGGAACUGGUGAGCAUAGUGGUCGUUUGUUUCUAGCUGGAUCGGUUAAUGUAAUAUGCUGAAACAUGAAGGGAUCUUGUCCAUGAGCGCAAGAGGAGC